AUGGGUGACGGGGUUCUCGCAACAGCUAUAGUAUUCGCAAAAAAUGAAAACAAUGAGCAACGGCCUGCUCGUCUUUUAUUAGAUUCGGGUUCUCAAUAUAACCUCAUCACUUCCGAACUCUGUGAUUUACUCAAACUCAAAAGGACGCCUAUCAAUGUCAAAAUAGGUUCAAUAAGUGACUGUGUUUUAGAAGUUAAACACAAAUGUGAACUUGAAAUCCCUUCAAGAAAUAGCCCAGUUAAAAUUCGCAUUAUGUGCCUUGUUGUACCGAGAAUUAGAUGUGAAGUACCCAAACUUCCAUUUGAUGCAAAGUUGCUUCAAAUACCAUCGCAUAUCAAACUAGCAGAUCCACACGUCGAGAGGCCUGGAACAAUCGACAUUUUCGUAGGCAACGCGAUUUUUUGGUCAUUAAUUUGCACUGGACAAAUAAAGCUAAACAAUGCUGGGCUUCCGCUACCAAAAACCAGGCUCGGUUGGAUACUUGCAGGGCCCAUGCCAGGUCCGCAAUCUAAGUUAGUAACCUGCAAUGUAAUUAACAAAAUUAAUGUUGAUAACCAGUUAACAAAAUUCUGGAAACUAGAGGAAUGUUCAUUAAACAAAAAGGUUCUAUCAAUCGAAGAAAACGCUCGCGAAUAUUUUCUCACAAAAACGGUUAAGUGCGACGAGGAAGGGAGGUUCAUCGUUUGCAUUCCACUAAAAGAUGACAACGGGUAA